GCGUCAGGUGAAGCGGAAGUGAAGAGGCUUGUACUGCUUACCUGUCGUCAGUCAAACUGACAGAGAAGAAACAAGAAAAAAAUGAGUAACCCAAUCCCAUCCAACCUGAAGUCUGAGGCCAAGAAAGCUGCCAAGAUCCUGAGAGACUUCACCGAGAUCUCCAGCAGAAAUGGACCAGACAAACUCAUCCCCGCUCACGUAAUAGCUAAGGCUGAGGGCCUGGCCAUCAUCUCCGUCAUCAAGGCAGGCUUCAUGAUCACAGCCAGAGGAGGCAGCGGAGUAGUAAUCGCCAGGCUUCCUGACAGACGCUGGUCAGCACCUUCAGCUAUUGGCAUCGCUGGUCUGGGUGGAGGCUUCGAAAUCGGGGUGGAGGUGUCAGACUUGGUGAUCAUCCUGAAUUAUCGGAGGGCCGUCGAAGCCUUCACAAAGGGUGGGAACUUGACGCUUGGUGGGAACGCCACUGUCGCCGUGGGACCUGUUGGAAGGAACGUGGAGGCUGAUGUGGCUCUGCGGAGUACUGCAGCUGUGUACACCUACUGCAGGUCCAGGGGUUUGUUUGCAGGUAUUUCUCUGGAGGGAUCCUGCCUCAUUGAACGCAAAGAAACCAACCGCAAAUUCUACUCCCAAGACAUCCGCGCAUCUGCCAUUUUGAAUGGUGAUGUGGAACCGCCGUCAGAGUGCUAUGACCUCUACCACAUCCUAGAUGUCUACACUGAGGCCUACACCACCGACUGGACAAGCAAGAAUUUGCAAACUAGGUCAUCCGUUCGCCCAGCCAGACCACCAGCUCCGAUCCAGUCAAAGCCACCAAGCUACUCCGAGGUGUCAGCAGCCAGUGCCGGAGCUGGAGUAAGGACUAAAAACACUCUCUACCCAAGUGUCUCUGUCUAUAAAUCUGAAACCUCAAGUCAGUUUGCCUCCAGAAACUCUCAGAUGAACGAUUGGGGAUCAUCAGAGGGUGGAGCCAUUGGGCUGAUGGUUGUCACAGCGACACACCCCUUUGCAGGGGAGCAGCCAGGUGACCUCAGCUUUGUGCCAGGCGACCGUAUCACUGUCAUCACGAAGACCGACUCCCAGUAUGAUUGGUGGGAGGGGCAACUGGAAGAUGGUCGGGUUGGGAUCUUUCCUGCAAACUUUGUUACAUAUUGACACUACCCUCUGGAUGUCUGACAGAAAAACAUCUGAAAGAACCAAUAUUGGGUAGAAUGAGUUUGGAACGUGGUUGUUCUGUUAGGCGUAAACACUCCACUGCAUGAAUAUAUUUGUAAAUGAAUUAAUAAUCCUUCGGUUUUUCACAUAGUAAAUGUAAUAUUGGAAAUUUUGAAACAUUUGUCAGGCAAAAUACAUUUUGACAUAUUUUAACUGGCAUUUUUAACCAUUUCAAAUGUUUCACAUUUAAUAUUGAAGUACCACUGUUUGUUUGUUUCUUGGUACAAAUUUGAAUCACAAAAAGACAACCACUUGGAUUAAAUGAAAUCAACUAUUCCAUUAUUAUUGUUAUUAUUAUGAUUAUUAGUUUCAUCAUCAUAAUUAUUAUUAUUUACAUUUAUUUUGAAAUUGAAUGGCAACUUUAGGCUGGUUGCCUAAAGGCUGGCUGCCAAGAGAAGCAUUUGUUUGUUUGUUUGUUUGUUUGUUUGUUUUUCUUUUAGUUUAGUUUAGUUUCUUUUAUAGUUUAAAGUCUUGAUAGUUUAAGAUCAGUGGCACCACCAAAACUGCUGUAAAGUCUAAAAAUCGAACAAAAAGUUGAAAUUUAACUGUCAGCUGCUGUGAUCAGGGAACUUUAAGGGGCUGUAGAUUUCAACACCAACUGUUAAGCACUUUCUUUAGCUCUUUAAGUCAAUGUGUUACAAUUAUUGUGGAGAUGGUUAUGCUGACUUGCUGCACCCUUGUUCUUUUUUUCUUUUUUUUUCUGCAUGUAAAUAUGGUUACACAUAAUGUUGUAAUAAUGUUAAAUGGAGCAGGUUACAAGGUGGAUGAAGGAAUUUUUAAGGAGUUUAAUAUGCAUAUCAGUUUAAAUAUUUUGUUUUUCUUCACUUUGCACUUUUUUAAAAUGACAUUUAAAGUAUGAGUUUAGGGAUCUGCUAAUGUUUUAAUCUUAACAAUGUCUUCAGAUUAAUAACUGUGGUGUGUGUGGGGGGGGCUUUUUCAUAGCUGCAGUACAAUGUACUGUUUGGAUCCUAUGCAAAUAUUAAUAAACCUUAUGUGUUCUAAAA